AUGUCUGAACAGUCAGAGGAGUCUAAGAGGAUUUCACAGCAAGUCACAGCGUUAUCAACGCAAUUAAUAGAGAGUAUUGAUAAACAAUCAAAAUUAGAGGAAAAAUUAAAUCAUGCAAAUAAGAUAAUUGCAUCUCAGCAACCUUCACUAGAUAAAUAUUCUAAUCUAAAGGUAGAGUUUGAAAAAUUGAAGAUAUCAUCAGAGGAUCAACAAAAAGAAUUGGACAAUUUCAAAGUGAAAAUCAGAAGAGAAAGAGAACUUCGAGAAAAUGCAGAGCAGGAAGUUGAAAAGUUGAGCAAAGAAGUGGAAGAUCUGACGGCUACUUUGUUCGAUGAGGCAAAUAAUAUGGUUGCAGAUGCAAGAAAGGAUAAGUAUACGGUGGAGGUUUUGAAUACUAAGUUGGUCGAACAGUUACACGAGAAGGAUAAUCUUCUGGAAACACUAAAUUUACAAUUGAAGAAUUUAAAGAAAGUACUUCAGACUGUAGAAGAUGAGAAUAAUAGUUUAAUAGGGAACAACAGAUAUUCGAUUAUUCAACCAGACAGCGCCACAACUUCUUCAUCAACCACAUCGCUAGAAAAAAUUACCACAACGGUAUCCAGCUACUCUCAAAACAUUUCAAACAUGGCAAAUGGAAUAAUUUAUUCCCCAAUAAUUUCAUCUAUAAGAUAUGAUUUACCACUUUACGAAGAAUUUCUGAAAUUUAUUGCUGUGAUACCACAUUGCAGGACAAUAAAGGAUACGUCUUCAGAUUCCAAACUAAUAAGGAGACUGGUUAAUGAUGAAAUCAACCCUGUAUUGAAAUUGGACAACGCAAGCGGUUUAGGUUGGAUUGUUAGAAAAACUAUUUUAUCUACAAUGAUGGAGGGUCUUGUUGUCGUCGAACCAUUAAGCGGAGUUAAUGAAACAUUUCAAAUGGGUAAUUCAACACAACCUCCCAACGCUGAGGCCUCUAAUAAAAAUGAAAGUCAAUCAUCAAUGCCCAAGUUGUUUAAAUUUCCAUUGACUUCCCCACCAAUCGCUCUACAUGAGCCUUGUUCUUUCUGUGGUGAAAGCCGAGAUGAUAUUAUAGAACAUGCUAGAAUGUAUGUUUUAAAGACUCAAAAUAAACAAGAAGAUGGAACUAUUAUGGUAACAAAUACGUUCCCCUUGUGCCAUUGGUGUCUAUUUAAAGUGAGACAAACAUGUGAAAUUUUUGCCUUCCUACGGUCAUUAAAAACUGGGGUAUGGAAUUUAGAAAAGGUGACCAUGAAGAGUAUUUCAUCGAAGGACUCUUCAAGGUUUUCAGUGGUUACAUCUGCAAUUAGACAAACAAAGACGGAAGACAGAAGAUCUAAACGAAUGAGUUUUAUUGGCGGAUUAACCAAAAAUUCGUCAGCAAUAAAUACUGCUCAAGUAGAAUCAACGACAUCCAUGGAAAUCACAGGUUUGCCCACUACAAAUAUACAGCGAGCUUGGAUACAGCUAUGUAAGUUAAGGUCUAUACUACAUUGGGCGCAUGUAGGUAUUUGGUCGAUUGACGAUUCUAUUACUUCAAAGAUAGGACCGGAAAUAAAGGAUCCUGAUGAUAAACUGGAACCUGCUUCCAUUGAAGCCAAUAUCAAAAUUACAAAGAAGCAAAUUGAGAAGGAUGUAGAAUCUAUAAUUUCGGAGAAUAACCAGGGCGAAUCUUUUGAUUUUGAGUCCAGUGCUUCCACCUCUGGGGCUACGGAGGCCUCUUCUGAGGAGAAGUCCAUUGCAGGUGAAUCCGAAACUAAAGUGCAUGCAUCGCAGGAUAACUCAGAGCAUCAAUCAGCAAAUGCACUCGAACAAGAAACCAAAAACAAUUUUGAAGAAGUAACCAAAAAAGACAUUGAACAAGAAUCAGAAUCAGAACGAAAACCGAAAGAAGCAGGUGAUGAAACAUUAACACAUGAGCCAAAUUCCAUUUCUCCAAAGAUUGAAGAAGAAAAUAAAGAAGACACGGCUUCAAGCAAAGCAAGCAAUGAAGAUGAUGAAAACGGAACGGCUGCAAGUAGUAUUAACGAGACAGAUGAUGUUUUGGAUAAUUAUACAGACGCCAAUGACUGA